CAUCAAGUCGCAAAGAUGCAGCGCAUGCGAAAAGCGGCGAAAUGGACGCAGCAAGACCGACGAUGGCGGAGAGUCGAUGCGACACAGCCUCCACCCGAUUUCAGCAAAUACAACGUCCAGGUCGAGAUACCAGAGUACGACGAGGAGAUCUACGAGGAACACCUGCGACACGAUGACUGGACCAAAGCGGAAACCGACUAUCUCGUCGAGACGUAUCGCGAAUGCAAUGGAAAGUGGCCGGUGGUAUGGGAUCACUACGAGUACGAGGACAAGUCGCGUAGCAUGGAGGACCUGAAGGCGAGAUUCUACAAAGUCUCAGCGCAAUUACUCCAGCUCAAGACGCCUAUUCAGUCUAUGGGCACAGCAGAGUUUGACUUGUACAACACUCUCAACACCUUUGAUCCAGCGAAGGAGGAGUCACGGAAGAGUUUGGCCAAAGGACAUCUAUACCGCAAGGCGAAUGAGGUCGAUGAAGAGACGGUUUUGUUGGGCGAGUUGCAGCGCAUUAUGGUCAACCAGGCGACAUUGGACGGGCAACGGGAAGAGCUCAGGAAACGAUUGGACUAUCCACAUGCGAACACGAAUGGGUAUCAGUAUUCGACAUCACAAGCCCUUACGCAGCUGUGGCAGCAACUGCUGGCGCAAGAUCGCAUGAAGAAGAACCCACGAUUGAAGCCGACAGGAAAUCCAAACUACGAUGGCUUCAUGCAAGGCGGCAUGCAAGCACCUCAAUCAGCUCGACCUCGCGACAGCAAUGCUGGUAUGUCAGAAGCUGGCGGAGGCUCUGCCCGCGACCGACGUGGUACUCGAGGCGAAUCUCUCGGUGGUGCACCCAAUACUCCCGGUCACGCACUGCCCGUGUCUCUCUCUGCGGCCGAUCAAACUCGCAUGGGCGUGGUCAUAUUCCCACCCGAGCACAAAGCUUCGGGAGGAAUCAGUUUCGCUUCGGACCGACUUACGAAACCUCGAGUGGCGAAGAGCACCAUUCAGAGUGAGAAGAUCGCGACGAUUCUGGGGAGCGCGGGUGUACCAGAGAUCAUACCAUUGCCCACACCGAAGGUGGUGGAGGCUUUUGAGGGCAUUAUGGGCAAGGUGCAUGCUCUGCUGGACAUGAGGAAAUUGGCGGAGAAAGACGAGACUGAGCUGAAAGUCCGGCGGCAAGAGGCAGCGUCUUGAGACCGGCGUGUUGCCCACUACCAAUUCUUGGCAUUGUUUGCUGUUCCGUGUGUUCUUAGCGAGGCGUUGGAGGUGAACACGGCGAACGACAUGAUUCCAUCAGGUGGUCAUCCGAAGUGUGAGUAGCACCGGUACGAGCGAUUUGCUGCUAAAGAGUGCAGCCUUGUCUAAAUUGCGCUUCUGCGUCAUCUGCCCAGGAGGCAAGGCAGAAAUGCUCCGCAAUUUGGCACACCACACCCUCGAGAAGCGCCGGGUCAGCUGGCGGCACGAGCGAAGCUAUAGUAACGAGUGCUUCGAGACGAAGCACUUGCAUGCAUCGUAGCGAGCUUCUCGGCGAGCUCAGCCCCAAAUCUCACGUCUAUCUCGAUCCUUUCUUGACCUUCCACAAACCGAUUCAAGUCGAUACCACUAGUUAAAGGUGGCAACAAGCAGCCCUUUUCAUU